AGAUACAUUUGAAAAUUUGGUAUGCCAGUCACCAGACCGGGUAAUGGAGUUGUACACACGAUAUUAAGAGCAAUGUUUGUCGUCAUGCGUAAACAAAGCAACUUGCGCAUAUGUUCUUUGACUCCAGUAAAGGAAACUGUGUUGGAUGCAUUUCAGUGUAUAAGAAAGCAAGCGAUAUCAGGUUAAUCGCCAUGCAAGGGACGAUUUACUUCAGUUCAAGCGGGAAACUUACGUACAAUUGUCCCGUUCAAGCUGACUACUGGGUGGACUAUUCGCGGUUCAAUCCGUACAAUGAUGGGCUGAGAGCUGACACUAUAAAUAGUCUGACCUUUCAGACCAUGGGCAACCACGGCGCCCACAUUCUACUUCAGAGCAACAACAUCGACUUCAAUAACAGCGAGGUAGAAAUCGUCAUCGGUGGGUGGUUCAACAAUCGGUCUGUCAUCAGAGGCCAGCAGCAAGGUCCCACAUUGUCCAACUACACGGGCUCUGUACUCUCCGGCUCCUCCUUCCGAUGGUUUUGGAUCUCAUGGAACGGGGGCUGUGUCAAGGUGGGCAAAGAUUCCGCCGUUGGUGACUCUAAGAUACUGGAGUGGUGCGGACUCAGCUUCCCCAUCAACGGAAUCCGUUUCGGCUACUGCUGUGGAAGCGGAGGCACUUUCAUCAUACCUAUAAGGCACAGCCACUGAAGAGGCGAAGGGUUAAGUUGCAGCCACCAGUAACUCAAGCACUUUCCAUCAACAUCAAAGCAUUCCAGCAACUAUCAUGAUUGACUGAAAUUCAAACUUUUUAAGCAUCUGUAUAAAAAUUAUUUGUGAACCCAUAUCUUUCAAAUAGCCUACUUACUGUGCAGCAUUUUUAAUAAGUCAUACGUCUUUAUCUUUUGAAGCUUUCAGUAUUUUGGGCGAUAGCCUUCUGCAAUUCGCCCCAUAGGUAACAUAAUAUACGUAAACCGAAGAAUGAAGUCCGUUACUGCAUUUAACCACUUUGCAUCCAGAUUCUGCAUUCGCAAACAAAAUAGCUCCGAUGUGCGCUUUCCAUUCAUGGCAAUGUCUUUUCAAUGUGGCAUUAGCACCCGAGUAACACGCAGUCUUCAUGGAAGGUGUAUACAGCGACGAAAUAUCGGUUCAAUACUGAACUUUCUACACUUAACCGAUACAGUGCUUAUAUAUUCAUUCGUUUUAAGAAGUCAACUGCGUUGGCGAUAUGCGCGACAAAAUUUAAUUACCACGCGCUACAUUUUUUACUGUCAAAGUAAACAUCGAAUUGUUCUCUGCGCUUCAAAGUUUUUAUAUGACAAUUCGCCCAUGCUUUUCAUGCCAUUUUUUAACUUUUUCCUUACACACGAAAUACAUGUUGUGGUUGUCACUUUCACAGCAGCUAAUUAAUUUGCGUUAAUGUUUUCCGAGUAAUCAAAACAAUCUCGUACAUGUCCGUCCUAACAAUAGAACAUUAUCAACAUUUAUUUUUUGUUCACAUAAAGUCGCUUUAUGACCUACACUUUGUCGGUGUGACUUAAAAUCCAGUAAAUUAAUUAAUUGAAUAUAUAUAUGAAUAAUUAUUGAAUCUACAUGAUGUAUAGAAACCUUAUGACAACGUUUGUCUUCACGAAAUCUCAGAUACAUAUAACACUUAGUCAGAGUAAAAACCUAGGUCACCAGUUCAAAUGAUAAUAAUCUAAAUUGUAUUAACAAACAUUUCGCAGUUAUAAAUUGGUAUGUACGACAAUGACUUGUUUUAAAAAGCAGCAUUUACUUUUAACCCCAAUAGCUUAAUCAUAUAUUAUGUUGACAGCCUGUCACCCUCCCUUAAUUCCAUCUGUUUUAUUCAACAAAGGUGAUUGGUUGGCAUCACGGUGUAUAGUGUUUUUACGAACACACAAUUUGAGCAAAAUCGGCUCACCAGUACAUUCAGUACUUUGAUUUGUUCAACUGAGGCAUUCAUGUUAAGUCAUUAUAUCAUGCAGCAACUUUAUAAGCCAUAACUCUUUUUAAAAUGUAUCAUUUGAAAUGAUGUUACUUUUCAACUUUUCAAAAUCAGUCAUUUAAUGCUUUUAUUUGUAACAAUUACAUGUGCAUGUUUCACUCAGUCAUCAUUUUAAUAUGAUAAUAUGAUUAAUAUUUUUUAUGCUGUGAUGUUAUUGUACAUUGAUAUUUGUGUAUCUUGUGAUGUUAUUUUAAGUUCUUGUGUUCAGUUGUUUUAGUUUUGUUUU